UUAAGAAAAGUAAACUUUAUUCCGACAUUCUUUAUUUUCCUCCUCUUCUCUUAAUUUUCUUCCAAAAUUUUCAUUUCAUUUUCUUGCAAAUCCAAUUGAUUAUGGCUAAAUCUUCAGAUCCCGCCAUCUGCGCCGCACCUCUCCCCAUUCCCGUCGAUUUGUUUCUAUCCAAAAAACAUCCCGACCAUGUAACUAGUUCCUCCGGCGAUAUCAUUUUUAGACUCAGUCGUCAAUAUUUGAAAUCGUCGUCAAUUGACAAGAUUGUGCUGCACGACGCCGCCGCCGCCGCCGCCGGUCCUCUCAUUUCAAUUCAUCGCGUUAACAAAGAAUCUUGGCAAGGCUUCAAGGGGGAUAUUGGCGAGCAGGACUCGCUCUUCAAAGUGCAAAGAACACUCAACAAACUUAGAAGAACUGAAUUCAAAGUCUUCCUUGUGGGUGAAAAUUCAGACGAAUCAAAUGCUAGCUUGGAGAUGAAAGGCUUUCCUUUCCAGAGAUCCUGUACUAUAUAUAAAGGCAACACUAUAGUGGCUCAGACAAGCCUGAUGCACAAGCUUCACCAAAUUUGCGUCAGAAGAGGAAGAUUUCGACUAACCAUUUUUCCUGGCACUGUAGAUCCAUCCUUGAUUGUGGCUUUGAUUGUAAUAUUCUUUGAUGGACGAAUAUAACAGAACUGAGCCAUAAUUCAGAAGAUGCUCAUCUUUAUGAUGUUUG